GCUGGUGUGAGGAUGGGGAGGGCAGGAAUUUUGUCUGUUUUUUUCUCCCCCGUAAGGAAACUCCAAGUCUAGGAGUGCGGCCUGGCACACACGGGCGUUCAGUUCGUGUAGCUUUUUGUGGCUGUCCUUGUAUAGUUUGGGCAUGUGUUACUCCGGGUGACGUUGUGGAACCGGUUGUUUGUGAAAGUGAUAAGGUCUCCGUGUGUGUCUAAUUUUUAAAAUAGGUUACGAGUCGAUUUGUGUUUGAGACUGCAUGCGACUUUGGAGAAACGACAGUAAAGGGUUUGUGGGUAGUCUCUAGCUGGAAUGGAUUGGGAGCUGGAAAACAGGAGACAAGUCAGAAGUCAGGGACAAGAAGAGACUAACAUAAUUGGUACCGUUAUAAUUUAGUGAACUGCCUCUUUUCCAAAGAGGAACCCAAAGGAAGACUGGUCACCUCUUGCAGAUCUCAAAACCAUGGCUCAGGAUUGUAUGGUUCUUAUCCUUUUAAUAAUGUAGCAUGUCACGUUGAUUGAUUUGCAAAUAUUGAACUACCCUUGCAGCCCAGGAAUAAAUCCCACUUGAUCAUGUCAUCAGUGUCAUUCAAAGAUGUGACUGUGGACUUCACUCGGGAGGAGUGGCAGCACCUGGAUCCUGCUCAGAAGACUCUCUACAUGGAUGUGAUGUUGGAAAACUAUUGCCAUCUCAUCUCUGUGGGGUGUCACAUGACCAAACCUGAUGUGAUCCUCAAGUUGGAACGAGGAGAAGAGCCAUGGACAUCAUUUACAGGUCAUGCCUGCUUAGAAGAAAAUUGGAAAGAGGAAGACUUUUUAGUGAAAUUCAAGGAACACCAAGAUAAGUUUUCUAGAUCAGUUGUAUUCAUCAACCACAAAAAACUGAUUAAGGAAAACAGUAAUGCGUAUGAAAAGACAUUUACUUUAAGCAAAAACCCUAUUAAUUCAAAAAAUCUACCUCCUCAAUAUGACACUCAUGGAAAGAUUUUGAAAAAUGUUUCAGAAUUAAUCAUCAGUAAUCUAAGUCCUGCAAGAAAAAGACUUAGUGAGUAUAAUGGAUAUGGGAAAUCACUCCUCAGUGCUAAAGUGGAGACAGCUCAACCUGGAGUCAAAUCCCAUAAUCAACAUGGCAGGGCUGUCAGUCAUAAUGAAGUACUUAUGCAAUAUCAUAAGGUGGAAACUCCAGCACAGUCAUUUGGAUAUAAUGACUGUGAGAAAGCCUUCCUUAAAAAGGGAGGCUUAAUUACACAUAAUAGAGCUCACAGAAGGGAAAACCCAUCUGAGUAUAAUAAAAGGAGAAGAGCAACCAAUAUUGAAAAAAAACAUACAUGCACUGAAUGUGGGAAGUCCUUCUGCAGGAAAUCAGUAUUGAUUCUGCAUCAGGGAAUUCACACAGAGGAAAAACCCUAUCAGUGUCAUCAAUGUGGAAAUUCAUUUAGAAGGAAGUCCUAUCUCAUUGAUCAUCAGAGAACUCACACAGGAGAGAAACCCUUUGUUUGUAAUGAAUGUGGAAAGUCCUUCCGCCUAAAGACAGCCCUCACUGAUCAUCAGAGAACACAUACAGGGGAGAAAUCAUACGAAUGUCCACAGUGUAGGAAUGCCUUCAGAUUGAAGUCACACCUCAUUCGUCAUCAGAGAACUCAUACAGGAGAGAAACCGUAUGAGUGUAAUGACUGUGGGAAGUCCUUCCGCCAGAAGACAACACUCUCUUUACAUCAGAGAAUUCAUACAGGAGAGAAACCCUAUAUUUGUAAAGAAUGUGGGAAGUCCUUUCAUCAGAAGGCAAACCUUACUGUACAUCAGAGAACUCAUACAGGGGAAAAGCCCUAUAUUUGUAAUGAAUGUGGAAAAUCUUUCUCCCAGAAGACAACCCUUGCUCUUCAUGAGAAGACUCAUAAUGAGGAGAAACCCUAUAUUUGUAAUGAAUGUGGGAAGUCCUUCCGCCAGAAGACAACCCUUGUGGCACAUCAGAGAACACAUACAGGGGAAAAAUCCUAUGAAUGUCCUCACUGUGGGAAGGCCUUUAGGAUGAAGUCAUACCUCAUUGAUCAUCACAGAACUCACACAGGAGAGAAACCAUAUGAAUGUAAUGAAUGUGGGAAAUCCUUUAGUCAGAAGACAAAUCUGAAUCUACAUCAGAGAAUUCAUACAGGGGAGAAACCCUAUAUCUGUAAUGAAUGUGGAAAGUCCUUUCGCCAGAAAGCAACUCUAACUGUACAUCAGAAAAUACAUACAGGACAGAAAUCCUAUGAAUGCCCUCAGUGUGGGAAAGCCUUUAGCAGGAAGUCAUAUCUCAUUCAUCAUCAAAGAACUCAUACAGGAGAGAAACCAUAUAAAUGUAAUGAAUGUGGGAAGUGCUUCCGCCAGAAGACAAAUCUCAUCGUACAUCAGAGAACUCACACAGGGGAGAAACCCUAUAUUUGUAAUGAGUGUGGUAAGUCCUUCAGUUAUAAGAGAAACCUCAUUGUCCAUCAGAGAACUCACAAGGGAGAAAACAUAGAAAUGCAAUAAAUGAUGUGAUUUCUUUGUAAACCCUUUCCAAGUUAUUGUAAAACUUUAGUUUAAAAAAAAAAGCAUGCUAAAACAUUUUAAUAAGGUAAUUUUAAUCACAAAUGUAAUAAUAGUUAAAGUACCAACUACAUAACUAUCUACUGUUUACUAGCAUAUAUAAUGGGUAUGAUCAUUGUUAUUGAAUUCUAUCAGAAAUGAAGCUAAUUUUUAAGUUUUCAAGUUCUGUUGACUCAGUUUAUUUUUUUAAAAAGUUUUACAUAAUACAUGCAGAGGCAAGAUACAAAAUGGUCAUAAAAUCAGUUUUUAUAAAAGAAAAUAUGAAAUAUAUUUCUCCUUAUGCUCUGGAAUAAAAAAGUUGUUACUUCCCCAAAGAUUACCAUGUACCUGGCGUAUAACGUCAUGAAGUAGUCUUUGCAUAUCUUUAAACUUUAUGUAUGUUUUAUCAUGUGUCAUGAAUUUUUUUGUGUCUUGUUUCACUCAACAUUCUUAAGAUUCACACAUUAUUGCAUGUGGCAGCAAUGUGUUCAUUUUCAUUCUCUUUACUCUUCCAUUUUAAAAUAUACCAUAUUUAUCCUCUUGAUGGAUAUUGGUAUUUUUUAUAAUUUUGUGUUAUAAUAAAAAUACUGCUAUAAAUGCUAUAAAUAUUCAUGUGUGUGUGUAUUUCUGUUAAUCUUAUAUUAAGAUGAAUUACUCAGUCCAAGGGUAUAUGCAAGUUUCUUCAGCUAUGGUAGAUAACUGCCAGACAUCUCAGACCUUUCUGACUAUGAGUUGAUUCACUUUGGAGAGUAACAGCUCUGAUUGUAAGCAAUGUGGAGAAAGGUCUUUUAGCAGUCAUCCAACUGGAGAAUUCUAAAAAAAUCCAUAUAGUGUUAUAAUUGUAAGAAGACUGUUAGUCAUGAGUAUAUGAAUGUAAGAAAUUUUAAAAAGACUCUUUAGCUGUGGCUUAAACCUUACACAAAACCUGAGAAUUCAUAUUGGAGGGAGUCCUACAGUUGUCACGAUUAUAGGGAUACUUUUAGCCAUAACUUACACCUUAUUCAACAUCAAAGAAUUCAUACUAGAGAAAGGGAGACCAAGAAGUGACAUAGAUGAGUAAAAUUUGAGAGAAUAAGUCACUGUAGACAGAAUUAUGAAAUAGAUAUAUAAGUAAGCCUUUAUACCUUGAUUUUUCUCAGGAAAUGUGGGUCUCUGAACUUCUCAAAUGAAAAAUCACUGGAGGGGCACCUGGGUGGCUCAGUUGGUUAAGUGUCUGCCUUGGGCUCAGGUAAUAAUCCCAGGGUCCUGAGAUCGAUUCCCACAUCGGGCUCCCUGCUCAGCGGGGAGCCUGCUUCUCCCUCUCCUCCCCACUUGUGGUCUCUGUUGCUCUCUCUCUCUCUCUCAAGAAAAAAAUAAAAUCUUUUAAAAAGGAGAAAAAUCACUGGAGAGAUUGUGAUGUUUGAGAAUUGGAAAUCUGCCAAAACAAUAACAUCUAUAGCAUCUUUUCUGUGAAAAUAGUAAAUUCAGCAACCUUGAACAGUGUUACUGAAAGCCCCUGAUUAUUUAUAACAUAUAUUUACUGUAUACACUGUUACUCUGUAUAAUAAAAUGCAGUGGAAAUUUAAAUAAGCUUCCCCUGCCCCCCAAUUGAGGCCGUCUGUCUUACAGAAAGGGACAGCAAUUGCCAGUGGAUAAUAAAUGGAAACAUGCUUGUCCAGGGCUUGCAGAUAACUUGAGAGAAAAAAAAAGUGGGUGAUAAGGAAAUUCUGACAUGAUAAGAAUUCAGACUUGAGAGGGUCAUAGAAAAUAUAAUGCCUUGUCUGG